ACUCUUCACUCCCUCCCUCUCUUUUUCUCGGUGUGUUGUGGCCUCACUCUCUCAUCACCACCGCCCUCACCGUGGAAUCAUCCAGGAAAUUAACCGAGCCGCAGGAGAAGCCGCCGCCUCAUCCCGUUCACUGUGACCGGCUCUGCUGCUGCUCCGCGCCACCCUGCUCUGCUCUUUUUGGAGGGAAGCCUAGCGACGUCACUGGUGUAGUUAUCUGAUGCUCAGCUGCAGCACCAGCCGCAGACGUUAGUUGCUUUGUCACUGUGGAGCUAGCGCCCCCUGCUUUUUUCCUCCCAAUUUUAACACUUUACUGCCCGCGGUCACCACAGACAUGGAAUCCCAGAUCGAUAAGGACGGCUGUAGAGUCGCUUACGAAGACGUGAGGGACGACAACACGGACUCUAACUGGGCUGUGUUUAAAUACGAAGGCUCAACGAUUGUACCUGGGGGUCAAGGCACCGACUAUGAGGAGUUCAAGAAGCUGUGCACAGACGACACUCGUCUGUACGCCUACGUCCGCGUGACGACAGGAGACGCCAUGAGCCGACGCACCAAGUUCACCCUCAUCACCUGGAUCGGAGAGAACGUGCCUGCGCUGAAGCGCGCCAAGAUCAGCAUUGACAAGACUAUGGUCAAAGAAAUCGUGCAGAACUUUGCCAAGGAGUUCCUGGUGAUGGACCAGAAGGAGCUGGAGGAGGGUUACAUCAUCGAGGAGCUGAGGAAGGCGGGCGGAGCCAACUACGACGCUCAGGCCGAGUAGAGAAGUGCCACAGUCAACUGGAAGGGAAGGGGCGGGGUCAGGGGU